AUAAAUUUUUUUUAAACAAUAAAAAGCCUUCUUUUUAUAUAGAAACAAAAUCAUGACUGGAAGAAAACUUGGGCAUUUCAAGUUUUUGAAUGAAAGCACAAAGAAACCCAUGGUUGAGAGAAGGAAAGUGGGGUUGUUCAAGAAAGCCCAAGAGCUCUCAGUGUUGUGUGAUGUUGAGGUUGGGAUUGUGAUGUAUGCCCAAAACCAAAGGGACCCCAUUGUGUGGCCAUCCAUGGAGCUCGCAACGCAGCGUUUCACGCGGUUUCUGAGCCUCCCCGAGUCCGAGAAGGUCAAGAAAAUGGUGACGCAUGAGAAGUACCUCAGGGACAGAAUCGACGCCGAGGUGGAGAAGAUCAAGAAGAAGGAGAGGGAAAACGAGAAGAAGGAAAUGAACAUUCUCAUGAACCAAAUCAUAAAUGGAAGAGGCUUGAAUGAGAUGGAUGCUAGGCAACUCAAGGGGUUGUACAUCGUAGCAGGAGAGAAGAUGCAAGAACUGGAGAAGAGAAGACGGGAUUUGCAGCUCGGCGGCGACUCUGCCGCCGCCGCCUGCUCUUACCACGGGCCUUCGUCUGCCGCAUCGAAAACCACCGGGCAAUUAGCUAAUGAUUCCUAUAACAAAAACAAGAUUGCAUUAUUGGUGGGUGGUGGAACAUCAUUGUUCAUUCCGACCCUGCCAGUGCAGGGUGGUGGCAGCGGCAGCUAUGACGGUUGUCGUCAGCUUAUUAAUAAUUAUUCCUUCACCGCUUCAAUCAACCCCAACAAUGGCGGUGAUGGCAGCAUUAUCGGGAAGGAGGCUGGCGGAAGCAGCAGCGGCAGUGGUGGAUGUCAUCAGCUGAUCAAUAAUUAUUCCUUCACCGGUUCGACGUCCACCCACCCCAACAAUGGCGGCAGCAGCGGCAAUGUCAUUGAAAAGGAGGGCGGUGGUGGUGGCAACAAUGGUGGCUCUAGCCAAGUGAUUAAUAACUAUUCCUACACUGGUUCACCUUCAAUGAAUCCCAACAAUGACAGUAGCGACAACCUUAUUGGGAAGGAGGGUGGUGGUGGCAGUGGUGGCAGCAACCAUGGUGGCUGUCAUGAGCCAACUACUAACUAUUCCUACAUUGGUUCGCCUUCAAUAAACACCAGCAAUGGUGGCAACGGCGGUGUAACAGGGAACGAGGGUGGUGGUUUUCCUACUAUGGAAUUGCCAAAUGUUGUUGUCACUACUACUAGUAACACUUCUCCAAGUCUUCCCACUAAUAAUCCUCACCCCCAACAACUUCCUACUCUCAAUCAAGUUUGGCCUUACAACUUCUUCUCAUCUUAGUCCGGCUCAAUUUACCUCGUACCAGGUAACUGUCCGACCGGUCUGGGAACCCUAGGAACAGAGUUUAUCAUUUAAUAAUAAUAAACAUUCUUAGGAGAAUAUGACGUCACAUGUGAACCGACUCAGCCGAGUGAUGACACAUAUGUCCAUCGUUUUCAUAAAAAGAUUAUGACACG